CACAUCCACCAGCAAUCGUAAAAAGUUGUCCAAUCUAAUAUACAAUUAAAAAAAAUGUCCGAAGAACACGGUGAAAUCCCCGGAAGCUUGUACAGCGCCUACUCGAUCCAUCCCAAGGAGGAUCCGCAGAACACUGGACAUUUCAGGCUCCCAGCUCACAAGAUGAUCCUGCCCGUCGCUCAGGGCUCCAACGGCCACAAGAGCAAACACUCCCCGUACAUCGUUAAGAAUUACGGAUUAACAGACAUCAGUAUCGACCUAAUUUACGGAACCAAAGACCAGGUGGGAGGUGUUCUGCAGUCUGUGGUGGUGAAGCCGGACGAAGAGGUGAAUUUGAACCCGGGCGAGGAGGCCUACGAGCACACGGCUUUGAAAGUUUACAACAGAAGCGACGAGCCCGCGAAUUUCUCAGUAGACGGGGGAAUUAGCGUGUUUGACGUUGGAUCAUUUCAGGAAGACGUUCCGAUUUCGAUUUAAAUCUAUGUAGUUUUUGUAAAUCUGGAUAUUAAAGAAUUUAU